AUGGCCUCCCGGCGGCGGGAGGCCGCGCGCAGCGCCCCGCCCCGCUCCUCGGGCCCCGCCGCCCGCAGGGAGCGGGGGAUGCGGGAGGGAGUCCGUGUCCCGGCUGCAGACCGCGGCCUCCUCAGGGAACGGGGAGGAUUUGGGCGCAGCCCGAGCCCCCCCACCAGGGAGUCCCUGGAGGGAGCGGCGGGCUCCCCUCAGGAGCGGGCGGGCUCACGGAACCGCGCUGGCCCCGGCUUGCGGGUUUUCGGGGGUGCGGUGCCGUGCCCCCCGGGAGACCGGCAGCGCCAGGCCCCCUGCCCUGACCCUUUAUCGGCGGAGGGCACGGCCCGCUUAUCUCCUCAGCGCGGGCCCUCCCGCCCCUAUCGGCCCUGGGCAGGGGACCCGCCGCCCCUGACGGCCGGGCCGGGCCGGGCUGCCGGGCCUCCCGCUCCCCGAGGCUGCCCCGGGCCUCCCGCUCCCCGAGGCUGCCCCGGGACCCCCCCCGAGGCUGCCCCGGGACCCCCCCCCGAGGCUGCCCCGGGACCCCCCCCGAGGCUGCCCCGGGACCCCCCCCCGAGGCUGCCCCGGGACCCCCCCCGAGGCUGCCCCGGGACCCCCCCCGAGGCUGCCCCGGGACCCCCCCGGGCGCUCGGCGGCAUUUCUGCCCUUGCGGAGGCAGCAGGAGGGGAGCCCACAGGCUGA